AUGACCAAAUCAAGUCAAGUCAGCAGUGCCAGCACUGUCAGCACGCAGACGUCACAGUUCCACCGCGAUCUCCUUGCUGCUUCAGCGAGGGGCAAUGAAGAAAGAGUUCGUUCUGUUUUGAAGGAGGGCACGCCAUGGAAUUCGUCCAAAGACCAAGCUGCUCUGCGAAAAGCCCUCCAAAAAGCCUCGGCGCGCGACAAUCUCAACAUCAUUGAUCUUCUGCUGAGGAAAGGUGCCGAAGUCGACGCGCAGAGCGAGGAUGAGUUUCCUGCGCUGUUUCGCGCAGCGCAAAGUGGCCAGACAGCGGUCCUCGUCGAGCUCCUAUCGCAGGGCCCGGAUUUGGAAGCACGCGAUCGUAACGGGCAGACGUCCUUGUUUGUUGCAAGCGUCAGGGGUUACGGAGAUAUUGUUCAGUUGCUCCUCACCAGAGGCGCCGCUGUGGAUGCGCAGGACAAAGACGAACGCACUCCUUUGCUGGCGUUAGCCGCCGUCAAAUCGAGCGCCUCCACGUGGGCUGCCGGCUCCAGCGAGGUUGUCCGGCUGCUCGUAAGUCAUGGCUCUAAUGUGAAUUUUAAGGACAAAAUUGGGCGAACACCUCUUCUAUGGGCGGCCACAAAUGGCCAUUACGAUCUGGUCAGGACGCUUCUCGAAACUGGCGCAGAUGUCUCCGCGGCCAACAAUCGCGGCCGCACAGCACUUCACCUAGCCGUCGACAGUACCAACACCACGCACAUAGAAGAUAUCAUGAGUCUUCUGCUUCAGUAUCAGGCCAAUGCGUGCGCAGUCAGUGACGGAGGCUGGACACCACUCCACAAUGCCGCUCAGAAAGGACUGACCUGUGUGGUUGAGCGAUUACUGGACGCUGGAGCUUCUAUCAAUGCCAGGCUAUCCAAUGGUAUGACGGCCCUGCACUGGGCGGCCUUCAAUGGAUUCGAGGACGUGGUAAACGUCCUGAUAUCCAAAGAGGAGGCUGACCUAGGCAUCAAGGAUGGAUUUGGUCGAGCACCUUGGCUUUGUGCUGCCGAGCAAGGGCACUACGAGCUCAUCGAGCUAUUGUCGCCGUCAAGAAAUAGCCACAGGCUCCCUCGUGUCGUCCAAGAUGCUUGCAAAGCAUUUACAGCGACCGUGGUCGAGUUCAAGGAGUUCGGCGAGAAACAACGGAAGUUCAAGCAUUCAGUUUAUGACGUUCUGUACGGAUGGAACCAAAAGAACGGCAGACCUAAAGUUCCAACUUGGACGGGCACCGCUGGUGCCCAGAACGACUUUAAAUGGAUACACCUUCCUACAAAUAAUAUAGCGUGGGUCGAGACACUCUUGAUCAAAUGGUUUACAGAGUCCGGUUGUCGGGAUCUCGAAGGUUACAAGGCCUUAACGAAAUGUUUCGAGCAAGAACACCGUGGGCCUCUACCACAUGCGAAUUUCAUGAGGCCUUACUGCCAACGCAUCUCGUCCUUGAACCCUAGCGAAGAGCCCAGCCUUGAACCUGACCUGCUCGAUAUUCGCCCAUCUCCAGUCCGCCGCAGUGAGAGCAACUUAUCGCAAAUGACCAUCACCCAAAGAAUGCCAUAUCUUCACUACGAGACCGAUGAAGGGAGGCAGAAAAUGACUGACGCAUUGAAGCUUGUUGGGGUCGCCGAUGAAGCAUCAUCGUGGUUUAUCGAUAUUGUGAAAAUCAAGUUUCUCGAUAUGUUUGAGAGUUCCGUAGGUCGCGUGACCGAGGAGCUGACACAGCUGUUCCACCAUUUCGAAGAAGCAUCCACGCAAUCUCGUCAAUGGCUGCGUCCGAAGCGACGGCAUCAAAUUCUCAAGCGCUCAAAGGAAGGAGAUGAAUCUUUCGAUCCAUUGUUGGACAUCAGGGCAGAAACCUCACUACUUACGGAGGUCAGGGACAUCCGCGAUGAGCUAAACAUCCUGACUAUGGUCAUGAACUCGCAGCUAUUUACACUUGGAGAUUUCAGAAACUGCCUGAUUGACGAGCUCAGCAAUGACCGUUACGGCUCUAAUAAAAGGGUCAUGAGCUUUGUCACGGACAUUCGCAAGCGGACGCUGGACCAAGAGCGGCGGCUCAAAGUUCAUAAGCGUGACAUUGACGCCAUGGAUGAGCAGUCCGAAAGACUCUACAAGAGUCUAACAGAUCUCCUCGAUCUGAAACAGAAACACUCCAACGCCCUAGAAGCCCGAUUUUCCAGCGAGCAGGCUCUUACUGCUGCAAAGGAGGGCCAAACCGUCAUGGUGUUCACCAUCGUGACUAUCAUAUUCAUGCCCAUGUCCUUCAUCGCCUCGUACUUCGGUAUAAGCAUGGACAGUUUUGGCGACAGUCUGCCUGAUGCCUAUGUGGCAACUUGGAUCUUCGGUGGGGGCCUGGCCAUCUCGGUGCUAUUCAUCCUCAUGGCUUUCACAGUAGUGGACAUAACCAAGGCCGUUGAGGCCUUCUACUCUUUCUGGAAACGACGUCUCAACACGGAUGCGCCGCCAAGUAACGACGUCGUAGAGACGCAGCCGCUGUACCGAGUCGUCACUCCCGCACAGAACGGAAGUCAUGGAACCAUUGUUUACAGAGGAGAGGUAGAUGAGGGCAGCAGUCCCGGAAAGAUAUACCGGGAGUAUUCGAAGGUAUCGGGUAUGAGCGUGAUGACGAGGACAAUAUCACAUCUCCCCAGUUGGCAGGGCACUCCCAGAGAGGACGUUGAGAAAGAUGCUGCAAGGCCAAGGGAUCCAUAUCUCUACCCAUGA